AUAAGAUUUAAGAUUGGUUUGGGCAACUUAUGGAAUGCAACUGGCAAAGUGUAGUUGAACUUUCACAAGAACUUCAAAGUGGCAAAAUAACUUGCAAGGAACUAGUGGAGGCCUGUUGGAGGAGGAUACAAGAGAGAGAAGAACAAAUUCACGCUUGGGCUUUCUUGAACGACAAGGAAACCCUGCUCCAAGAAGCACAAGUACUUGACACUGAGUUGCAGAGUUGCUCAGAGCAGUCUGCCUCUGGAUAUCGCGGAAGAAGCUGGAUACAUGGAAUUCCAGUAGCAUUGAAGGAUAUUGUUGAAACAGAAGAUAUGCCAACUAACUAUGGGUGUUCACCAGAAUAUAUUUCAAACAAGCAGCGAACAAUUGCUCAUAAAAAGACAAAGGAUGCAGAUCUUGUUAAACGAUUGAAAAAAGCUGGAGCUAUAAUUUUAGGCAAAACAGUAUCCACAGAAUUUGGAGUUUCUAUGGAUGCUCCUGUUACGAGAAAUCCCAAUAAUAUAUCUUUUUCACCAGGAGGUUCAUCUAGUGGCUCUGCAGCUGCAGUUGCAGACGGAAUGGUUCCUUUUGCCUUUGGAGCUCAAACUGCAGGUUCAGUUAUUCGACCCGCAGCAUUUUGUGGAAUAUUUGGCUACAAAACCAGCUAUGAAAAACUCCCACUUGACGGUAUUCGUCCAGUCGCACCUUCUAUCGAUGCCUUGGGUGUUUUCGUGAGGAGUUUAGAAGAUAUACCUAUUAUUAUGAAGAGCAUUGGAGCUUGGAAUGAAGAAGGAAUUGAUACGGUACUUGAAGAUACUUCAUUCUCUAGUCAGGUUACCACUCUAACAAGAGACAAUUUGCUCCUCGCCUUUUGUAAAACUCCUUUUUGGGACAGUCUUCCUGAGUAUUAUACCAAAGCUAUUCUGAGGACAGUAGAUCAAUUGAGAGUGCAAGCUAAAGUACGGGAUCUUGUUUUACCAGAACCUUUUGUCACUGUUUUCGAAAAUCACAGUCAUGUUAUGCUUUGGGAGGUGACUCAAGUGUUUCGCGAGUUGGAGCAGCUCGAAAAAGACAAUAGAUGGCCUGCAGGCGCUACAGUUGGUCAAUUUGUUCGUUCUAUUCCACAACUUGCUCACAACUAUGGAGAAGAUGCCUAUCGAUGUGUCUUAAGAACAGCAUCUUUGCUAAGACAAGUAAUGAAGCGUCCAGCAGAAGAGGGAGAUGGAUUGUUGUACAGGAAUGAAUUGAUUCUUUGUCCUUCUACGUCAGGCGAAGCUCCUCCCGUUUCACAAGAGGCAGUGGAUUCCUUGGAAAGUUCAGGUACACUAUCCCCAGUACUUGGUUCUCAAAGGGCUUCUUUUGGAGGCAAACCUGGCACUACAGGAGACUCUCUAUUUCAAAGAGGCUGGACACUCUUACACUGUCCAGCUAUCAAUAUUCCUAUCGGUAGAGGACCGAGAGGCCUUCCUAUUGGAAUUCAGCUUGUUGCACCUGCUGGAGAAGACGAACAUUUGGUACAUUCGGCACAAGUGUUGACAACUUUAUUAAUGCGAAAAUGAUUUUUCCCUCCUACUAUAUAUACGAUGAUACAUACUAGCAACCUUUUCCUUGUAUGUAGAGAUAGCUUGAAAUAUUUGAUAUAAACACUUAUUCCAAAAA